UCGUAGUUCGCGCUGCCUGAAUGUUGUUGCCUCAUCCGGUCGAGCGGUAUUUUGGGCAGGAAUCGAGUUCAAUCGGAACGGAUCGGAUCGCGCUGAAUAAAAACACGUUUAGCCCCGAAAAACGAUACACUUUGGCGUAUUCCCGAAACGCACAUUACCAUCUGGUAAUUCGUUCUCUUCCGUAGAAGCGUAGAAUCCCCAUCGCCCUCGCCCUUGGUUCGCAUUUGAAUAGCUGGCGUUGUUUGUUUGUUUGCUGUUUGCUGCCUCAACCAUAACAAAGAAGGCACGAGCACGGGUAUCUCUGCAUCAAGAAGCGCUCCGAGCGGGCCAAGUUCUUAUAAAGUAUAUAAAUGUGCGAGGGAGCGGGACUAUGAACUAUCUCUUCUGGCAGUGGCCAAAAAAGAUACAAUGCUAAUAAACCAAAAACACGUUUUAUGCCAUUUGUGUUUUGCUCUGCUCGGAAAAAACCCUCAUCCCAACCCAAAUCCAAAGAGCUGAACUGAGAGGGGAAACCACCUACAUUAUUCACGUACUUCCAAUGCAGAUGCCAAUCCUCAGUGUAUUCAAUUAAAUAGGAGCAUUCGAGAGUCACAAAUAUUGCAAUCACAAGCCAAGCUGAAAAGCCAAGCAUAAAUCGAUUAAGGCAAAUGCUGAUGCCCUAUGCCAAUUGCAUUUGCACCAAGAACUAAACGGACUCUCAAAGAAAACCCAACAAGUUAAAGCCAUGAAUGAGCUGCAGGCCUCCAGUGUCCCGCUGGUGGAUAAGUGCUCCUCCCACGCCGUCAUUCUGCCGGCGACCAAGAGCCCCAACAAGGUGUCCGAUUCGGCGGCCACCACAGCACCCAAUGCCGUGUUAUAUACAAGCGGCACCAUGUCCCUGUCUACACUCUCCACUGGAAGCAGCAACCCAAAUCCCAAACAGGAGCCAGUGCCGCUGCUCAACCAGCUGAAGUUGACCAACGACCUGAAGCAGACCAGUCACGGGUCCCAGAACAACCUUUGCAACGGCGGCUUGGGCAGCAACAACCAUGCCUUGGCCCCCAAGGUGGCCAACAACAGUGGCGGGAGUCCCAAUGGCCAGAAGAAAGGCACCAUCGCCCUGUCACAUCUGCCACAACGACCGCCGGUGGACAUCGAGUUCUGUGAUAUCUCCUACUCGGUCGCCGACGGCCACCUUCGGGGAUUCAAGACCAUCCUCAAGAGCGUCACGGGCAAGUUCCGGAAUGGCGAGAUCACAGCGAUCAUGGGACCCUCCGGAGCAGGAAAGAGCACGCUGAUGAAUAUCCUGGCCGGCUACAAGACAUCACAACUAAGUGGCUCUGUGCUGAUCAACAGCAAGGAACGGAACCUGCGACGCUUCCGCAAGCUCUCCUGCUACAUCAUGCAGGACGAUGUGCUGAUUGCCAACCUGACCGUUCGCGAGGCCAUGAUGGUGGCCGCCAACCUCAAGCUGGGCAAGAACAUGAUCAGCUACGCCAAGGUGGUGGUGGUCGAGGAGAUCCUCGAGACGAUUGGCCUGAAGGAGUCGGUGAACACGCUGACCUGCAACCUGUCCGGUGGCCAGAGGAAACGACUUUCGAUUGCCCUGGAACUGGUCAACAAUCCACCCGUGAUGUUCUUCGACGAACCCACCUCCGGACUGGACAGCUCAACCUGCUUCCAGCUCAUCUCGCUGCUGAGAUCACUGGCCCGAGGAGGACGCACCAUAGUCUGCACAAUUCACCAGCCGUCGGCGCGCCUCUUUGAGAAGUUCGAUCAUCUGUAUUUGCUGGCCCAAGGACAGUGUGUCUACGAGGGCAGGGUGAAGGGUCUGGUGCCGUACCUCUCAUCCCUUGGUUACGAAUGUCCUUCGUAUCACAAUCCCGCUGACUACGUCCUGGAAGUGGCCUCUGGGGAGUACGGGGAUGCGGUGCCCAAGUUGGUGGAGGCAGUGAAGAGUGGAGCUUGCAAGAAGUACUCGCACAAGGAUUAUGUAUUAACGUUGGCCCAAAGGAGUUGCAACAACGACAUCAUCAAGGGCAGUGGAAGUGGGGCGGAGAAUACGACAGCUACUUUGACACUGGAGGAUGAGAAGCCUCCAAUGGAAAACAAGCAGAUGGAACGCUCAAGUGUUGAGGAUCCCGCGGAGCUGAAACCACCGAAGCUGGAGACACAGCAGUCCCAGAACUCCGACUGCAGCGUGGUCAACAUGCCGACGACUGGUGUGGACGACAGUUGCAGCUUCAGCUCCUCAAAAGGCACCCACAAUGCAGUGGGUUCGGGUUCGGGCGGUCCCAGUGCCGUUGUGGGCUGCAUGACCUCGCUGCUGGAUUCCCACGAGAGCGUGGUCACGCUGCCCAGCAAGACGGGAUUCCCCACCAGCGGAUGGACUCAGUUCUGGAUCCUGCUCAAGCGCUCCUUUCGCACCAUCCUGCGGGACAAAAUGCUGACCCACAUGCGCCUCUUCUCCCACGUCAUUGUGGGAGCCAUCAUUGGGAUGAUCUACUACGAUGUGGGCAACGAGGCCAGCAAGAUUAUGAGCAACGCCGGUUGCAUCUUCUUCGUCUCCCUGUUCACCACCUUCACGGCAAUGAUGCCCACCAUCCUCACCUUUCCCACUGAAAUGUCGGUGUUCGUGAGGGAGCAUCUUAACUACUGGUACUCCCUGAAGGCCUUUUACUUUGCCAAGACCAUAGCGGACAUGCCGUUUCAGAUCGUCUUUUCCAGUGUCUACGUUCUGGUAGUGUACUACCUCACCUCGCAGCCGAUGGAAUUGGAACGGGUAUCCAUGUUUGUACUGAUCUGUGUGCUAAACUCUCUGGUGGCACAGUCGCUGGGACUGCUGAUCGGGGCGGGGAUGAAUAUCGAAACAGGCGUAUUCCUCGGUCCCGUGACAACUAUACCAACAAUAUUGUUCUCCGGAUUCUUUGUGAACUUUGACACCAUACCGGGCUAUCUGCAGUGGGUGACGUACGUCAGUUAUGUGCGCUACGGUUUCGAAGGUGCCAUGGUGGCCAUCUAUGGAAUGGAUCGGGCCAAGAUGCAGUGCAACCAAAUGUACUGUCACUUUCGGGUGCCCAAGAAGUUCCUCGAGGAGAUGUCCAUGGAUAACGCUCUGUUUUGGGUGGACGCCGUUGCCCUGAUCGGAAUCUUCUUUGCCCUGCGCAUCAUCGCUUAUUUCGUGCUGCGAUGGAAACUGCACAUGAUCCGCUAAGCGGACGGUUCGAGGGAUUUGUUCAUAGUUUAGGGUUAUCACUAUUAUCAUACGUUAGAGAUCACCUGUACAUAGAAAAGGCGCAAGGAUGGUUGGGGGAAAAUACGAAGGGCGGAUGGGAUCCCGGGAUAGCAGGAUUGUAGCUAGGCGUAGCUUUACCGCAUUCUUCAACUUAUCCCGUCGGGCUUUGUACGUUUAUACAGACAGACAUACACACUUACAGAAGCAUAAGCAUUGCAUCGGUAUCUAGGAGGGGAUUCUAAAUAUAUACCCAUGGAUAUAUAUACACACCCAUACAGUAGCUGUUCUGCAUACCAAAACAAAUGGAAUUUACAUAGAUCUAUAUAUAAAUAGGAAUACCCACAUAGAGCCCCACUUACAUACACACUUAAAUUGAGGUAUAAUUCUUGUGACCAAGCAGAAAAGAGUCUGAACUUAAGUAGGUUGAAAACAUAACAAAUUGUAGACAAGAUCCUUCAGAGCGCGAUCCAAAUCAAUGCAGAUUUCUCCCAACGUUCUUUACUCCGUCCCUUUGUUGAACUCUCAAAUUGUCUUUUUGCGAGAGAAGAAACCACAUUUUUCCACUUUUCGGUCACCUAAUUUUAACCCAGAAGGGAUCCAGCGUGCAAUCGAGCGGAAGUUGAGGCGAAUGUGGAAAGCGGAAACGGAAACGGAAACCAUUCCCUUGUGAUAGAAAGCGGUGCAGUCCGGGUUGGGAAAUCCAUUUCCCGGACAGGGGUGCUUGCAGUUAAGAAAAAAAAGAAGGGGACCUGGCCAACUGGUGAUAUAAAGCAAUUACUACUAUUACGAGCACGUGCGAAGGCGGUGGGAUGCAAUCGGAUUUGUGUUAGCUACGCGUAAUUGUGAUUAUUACAUUUUAAUUUAGUACAUGUUUAGUUUAAUUUUAUACGACUACAUUUAUCAUGCCAAAAUAAAUGCAAUUUUUAUUUAAGCCGCGCACUAUUUUUUUCCUAAACCCUCUUCCCAAUAAUUUUUAGUUCCCUCUUUGGUAUGCCAAAGUUAAAUACAAAGUAAAUCGAAGGAGAUACGGUAUUACGGGUGGUAUUACGCAUCGGUAUUUUUGGUGGGUUUCUAAGUGAUACGCUAAGCAAGUUUAACUCUGUUUGAACACAAAUCGGUGGCAACAUAUUCAGGCUCCUUUGAGGAGCAUACUGUAGCAUAUUGUCUAUUAAGCAAUCUAUUGAAGACGCCCCCGAAUAUAUCUGUUGUUUUUGGUGUAUUGUAUUUUUCAGUAGAUCGUAGCGCAUGUUACCCUGUACACUAAGGUUAAAGAAUGAUCAUUAUUGUACACAAAGCCAUAUUGAUUAAUCUGGUAGAGUAUUUUUAAUAAAGAACCCAAAUCAUCAUUAAGUCCCUAAGAGAAUGUGAGAAUAAACUUCUGAAAAUUGGAAA